AACAUCAUCAAUCAAGAAUCUUCCAGAAUUCAUAAAAAUCAACGAACUCAUCAACGAUCCUCAAUUUCAAUCAACAAUCUUCCUCCGUCAAGCAACGAAUAUUGUUACACCGAUACGACGCCGUUCGCCGGCGCUGUUUUUCUUUCAAUAUCCGUACGCGAACUUGACUAUUUGUUUCGAGAGACAUGUCUGCCGGUUUUGGGGAAGUGCCAAACCGGACACCCCAACGAACAUCUUCAUCAAACGAUAACAAUCCCAACAACGGCGACGCUGGUGAUUUCGAGUGCAACAUAUGCUUUGACUUAGCGCAAGACCCAAUUGUCACGUUAUGCGGUCAUCUUUUCUGCUGGCCAUGCCUCUACAAAUGGCUUCACAUCCACUCACACUCUCAAGAAUGCCCCGUUUGUAAAGCCCUAAUCGAAGAGGAAAAGUUAGUACCGUUAUACGGAAGAGGAAAAACCUCAACCGAUCCAAGGUCAAAAUCCGUCCCCGGUGUCGAAAUCCCACAUCGGCCCGCGGGCCAGAGACCAGAAACCGCUCCUCCACCCGACAGAAACGCGUUUAAUCCACACGGGUUUGGGUUAAUGGGUGGUUUUGGGCCUUCGAUGACUGCAAGUUUUGGGAACUUUACACUUUCGUUUGGUGGUUUGAUUCCAUCGAUUUUCAAUUUUCAGAUGCACGCGUUUAGUGGGCCUGGGCCUCAAAUGUAUGGAAAUGGUCCUCCUCCUGCCUAUUCAUAUGGGGCCCAUCAGGCCCAUCAACAGAGAGCUCAUCACCAGCAUGAAACAGGGUUUUCUGCAGCGUCGCCGCUUUUAAUAAUUGGGUUCCUUUUUCUCUUGGCUUUAAUUUGGAAUUGAAUAACUGUUAUAUCAAGGUUGAUGAUUGAGUACUUGGUUUCCUUUUGAUAGUUGUUUGUAAAGAAGAUUGGUUGCUUUUGACAGUUAUUUGUGUUUUCUAGUUUGCAACUUUGAUUUAGUGUUUUUCUGUAUUUUACUUCACAGUUGCUGUUGAUACUUUGAAAUGAAAGAUUUGGUUGGUGCAUGA